AUGGCCAAGUUUUGCCGACAGUGCGGGACGCCGCUGCACGGCCGCCGGUUCUGCUCCGAGUGCGGCGCCGACUCGGGGCCGUCGCAGCGAGACAUUCACCUGGCGCCGGCGCCGCAGCCCCAAGCAUACGCGCCGGCGGCGACGUCUUACUACGCCCCGGCGGCCGAGCCGCAGCCAUCGUACCACGCACCCGCGCCAGUGGCAGACCCAUCGUCGUACUAUGCGCCACCGCCAGCAGCGUCGUCAUCUUCCUAUUACGCGCCAGCACCUUCGCUGACGCCUGCUACGCCAUCGCUGCCGCCCGCUGCCCUCGGUGACGAAGCCACGUCGCUCUACAAGCGCAUCAUUGCGACCGUCCGCGCGGCGCAUCGCGGCGAGAACGAAGAAGGUGCUGUAAAGGCUUUCAAGCGCGACUGUAAGCACUACGGCCAAGGCCGCCUCACCGCCGAGGCGUUCACGACCAACGUCUAUGGCUACUUUGGAGAGUACAUGAUGGAGUCGAUGAUGCCGCAGCUCGUGCGUCUCAUUCCCGACGACACCAAGCGCGCCGACCUUAUGAAUGCGUACGUGUACCUCGCGGCCAACCGCCCGAAAGGCGGCGGCUCAUCGUCGUCGGCGUCGACACUGUCGUCGUCUUCGCUCUCGACGACGCCGGCGUCCACGUACACGGCGCCGUCCGUCAAGGAGACGAGGCCGCGCUCCGACAAGCCGUCGUGCCACAUCUGCGCGCAGACGUUUGACCUCAUGCACCGGAAACGCCAGUGCCGCAAGUGCGGGCGCGACACGUGCUCGAGCUGCUCGGCGACGCGGAUGCUCAUUCCGCCGGGCCACGAGCACGCGUCGGCCAAAGGCUUUGACCCGGCGGCGCCCCAACGCGUCUGCACAGCCUGUGGGCCGAUGCUGCAGCCACUCCAAGAGAAGCUCAUUACGGCAUUCGCCAACGCCAACAAGGCGAGCGAAGCGCCCAAGUCCAAGAAAUGGUUUCAGUCGGUCCCGAUCAAACAGUCGAUCGAAGACGAGUGUGAAAAUGCCGGCAAGAUUCUGCGCCAGUUCUUCGACCCGACAAACCUCGACCGGCGCAUUCCCGUCGCGUUCCUGGAACGUGCCCACGGUCUCGCGUUCCUCACGGUUGUCAAGGCCGGGUUGCUCAUCACCGCCAAGCUCGGGUCAGGCCUCGUCAUCACAAAGCUCCCGAACGGCGCGUGGUCGGCGCCCGCCGCCAUCGGGACGACCGGCCUUGGUGGCGGCUUUGAGGGCGGCGGCGAAGUCGUCCAGAUAUUGCUGAUUCUGGGCACCCCGAAAGCCGUCCAGCAGUUCCACGAUACGCAGAUCACGAUUGGCGCCGGCUUGGACGUGACGAUGGGGCCGUACGGACGGUCCGCGACCGUCAUUGCGUCCAUGGCCAAGGGCAACGGUCUCGGCGCCAACUACAGCUACUCGCACUCGAAAGGGCUCUUCGCCGGCAUCUCGCUGCAUGGCGCCGUCAUCAACUGCCGGUCGGACGCGAACCGCGACUUUUAUGGUCGGCACAUCCAGCCCGCUGAGAUCUUAUCGGGGGUCGUGCCCCCGCCCCGCGCAGCCGGUCGACUGUACGAAGCCAUUGACGCUGCGAUGCAGAGCUGCGUCGACUAUCGGCAAGAGCAAGAGGUCAAGCUCCACCGCGAGUGCUCCAUGUUUGGCUGUCCCUGCGACCGCUUUCGACCGCAAAAGUUUUCAACCAAGUGCGGCAACUGCAACCACCCGCACUAA